AUUUAAACGAACGAAAAAGUGGGAGGAAUUACUGAUGACUAUAAAAACACGGAAAUUAGAGUACUUGGGUCAUAUAAUGAGUAUUAACCUAAGAUUUGCUACAGCUAAUAUUCCAAGGGAAAAAUAGAAGUCAAAAGAAGUGUUGGAAGACGAAGGAUUUCGUGGCUGAAGAAUCUCCGCGAUUGGCUUUACAUAACAACAGAUUAUUUCAUCGUUUUUAAGAGGAACGAUAUUUUCCAACGUCCGAUAUGGAUAGGAACUUCAAGAAGAAGUUGUCGGUAAAUACUAGAGUUCGCAUUUUUACGCAUUUUGUUCUAAAUUAAAACCGCGUACAAACAUACCGUACUCUGUUGAUACGUUUAUAUAUAUUUUUUUAAAAUUAUUUUUCAGAAAUAUUUGUCACACGAUGAGAGUGUUCGAAUAUUUAACGUUUUCGGUGUUGUUGUUUUCGAUGGCAAUGCGGAUAUCUGCUUUCGGCCAAUAUGACAAAAUGUUGAACUGGUUAAGUGGGAAAGCGAUAGAAGCCGCUGAGGUAUCGUUGACCACGGCCAUCCGUAUGGUAAACGCUGAAACUUCGGCCGAGGUGGCACAGUUGACGAUGGAGGCGGGAACGGCGACGGCGCGGUUGGCUAGAGUGACGAUCAGAGUGGCCACGAAGAUGCCAAUUAGGAACGACGGUCUCGUAACUAAAUUGAUAGUUCCGGCUUCUAAUAUUCCGAUAUCAUCAUUUUUAAUUAAAUCAAGUGUUCAUUUUAUCAUUCCUACUACCCAUUCUCAUCGACAUAAUAAAUAAAUAAAUAUAAUUAUACCCGUAUGCAAACU